AAGAAAGUGCGGCGAUAUAAUAUUAAGUCGUGUGUAGCUCGACGUUAUCAGGAUAAAUGUCGCGACGCUUCGCGGCAUGACAAUCGAAAUUUGCUUAAGAGCGAAUGCUCUGAAAGGCAGCUUAACGAUUAUUGCCGGAAACCACUCCAUCGAGCUUACUUAGGGAUAUUGCUAGAAAAUUGAACGCGGCGACUGCGGGUAAUGACCGAACGCGGCAAAUAAAAUGUGUGUAUCGUGCGGCCGCGGCCGGAGAGAAAUUAUAGGAGUCUCGUCCUGUGCGACGAUAUUUUCAGUCAUUCGGCGAUUCUCCUGGCACACACGUGCGUGCUCGGCUCUGCUCGCGAGUGUUUCACACGGCGGCUUUCGAGAAUUCGCAAACAUGAGAAUCCACAGCGGCGGCAAGGGAGCAGGCAGACUGGAAGACCUGAAACGCGGAUAUCACAAAUGCCUAACGUUUAACAUAAAAAAGUACUUGAGCGGAUGGUUUUACGUGUAUUGCAAGAACACGACCUUGCACGGCUUCCGUUACAUAACCGCGGCCGGCUCGACGAUACUCGAGAGUGCCCUUUGGUCUGUGGUUUGCACCUUCAGCGUCACGUUCUGCGUCGUGCUUAUGCUUCGUCUGUGGCAGAAUUACUCGAGGAACCCGAUAGCGACCACCAUCGACACGUCGAAUCUGAUCUGGGAUCUGCCGUUUCCGGCCGUCACCCUGUGCAACAAUAACAAAAUUUACCGCCCGCAUGCCGAGAUGAUCGCUAAACAACUGCAGAUGAACGGAAUCGCCGUAAACGAGACUGAGCUGUUCUUCUCUUCCCUCCUGAGACUGGUGCGGCCCGACAAGGUUCUGAUCAACGACACCACCGCGACGCACAUACUGGACAUACUCGGCAUGACGGUCGAAACGUUGAUGAGCAAGGUGAUGUACUCCCGCGCGAUUUCUAUCGGUCGAUCAAAUUGCCAUUUGCCGAUAGUACUUUCUGAUUCGUUCUGAUAACGCGAGGAC